AUGAUUUCCUCACUCAUUUUCUGCUUCAUUGUUGGCGCAGUUUUAGCAGCCGAAGAAGACUCUAGAUCUGCCUACACCAAAACUCAAGAGAACAAGCGUUUACAUGGCUAUGUUGUCAAGAAAAUCGAUUCUACGGAUGAAAUGUCGUGCAGUCAAGCAUGUUUAAGACAUUCUUGGUGUACCUCCUCUAACUUCAAAGAGUCCUCGGGCAACUGUGAACUGAACAAGCACGAGUUCUCUACAACUGAUGAUAACACCAAGCUCACUGAUAAUCCAGGCACAACGUUUUCAAAGUUUCUUAAGGUAAGAAAAGUUCUGAAUUUUCAUUGCUUAAACAACAAGGGCGUGCAUGUGCAGACGAGCAUAAUUUCCGCGUACAAGAAGAAUUUAAUAGACUCCUGCACCAAGGCUAAGGCAACAACUGUUCAAGCAAAGCUUAGUUAAAAAAUAUAAAUUUGGUAAAACAGUAAAGUAGAGUUGUCGUAAAAGAGCAGUAGCUAGCACUCGCAUUUUAGUCUUAUUUUUCGUAUGGGAGCGAGCCAUGUUUUCCUUUCCCAAAUUUUUCAGUUCCUCUACAUCAUUAUCGAAGGCGAUGUUUUCUUCUCUUACAAGAGGCUUACAUGUUUUGAAAAUAAAGUUAAGAGAAGUAUAGAGUGCAAAAAACUAUAAAUCUUUAAAAAAAGGAGGAACGCAGAGCCGGCAAUUUAUCAGUGGAAUUUAUAUGUUCAACAUUAGAUUUGCGUUGUGCCGUGAAAAACGUUGAGGGAUCAGUCUCGCUACCUGCAAGAAUCUGUAGCUAGUACGUCGCCCUUCCCUGCUCGAGAAAGAGUGGCUAAAACAUUGCCUUUCUGGUAAUAAAGCUGUAGAAGUCGAUGGAAAACGAUGUAUAUCAUCUUAGCUUACCGAAGUAACAUAUGAACUCCUCAGGGCUGCCUAAUGGCUGGAUGCCUUAACGGAGGUUCUUGUUUGUUCGACGAAGGGAAAGAUGCGUUUGCUUGUUCAUGCAGUCCACAAUGGAGAGGAGAAAAAUGCGAAAUGGGUAGGUCCAAACUGUUUUUGUUCCUUAACUACGAUAGACAAUUAGGAGAAGAGUGAAAGACGUACCCGGCUGAAAAAGAAAUCACACAACUUUCUAUACUUUAUAUGUGGCAAUUUUUUGUUAGAAGCACUGAGGAAAGAGUUAUAAUCUGCUGGCAUGUUUUCUCUAGCAAUGUAGUUCAUAUAGUCCUCACGGAUUAAUUUACAUCCCGUGUAAUAUAAGAAAACUGGUAUGUACUGUAUGAAACUUUGGCGUUUACCGUUAGCUUUGAAUGUGGAAAAGACAUUAGAUCUGGCCAAAUUUUACGUGACGCUCAAAUUAAGGUAAGUCUUAUACUUAACACCUGGAUUAACCCAACAUGACGGCCGUUUUUAAAGUUAAGAAUUUGCAUGCAUAGAUAAUUAUUUGCUUAAGGCUUUUUCGGCGAAAAACUGGUCGAUCGUCUGAGGAAAUAGAGUCUAAAUAGAAGUAUAAGUUGUUUGGUCGUAAAGGAAACAAAGUUGUAAUGCGCAAACUUGGCACAACUGUAUUUGUGCUCUUAUUCUCUGUCGCUGUCGCAGUUUCAACCCAUCUUUGCGUCGUUUAUCGCCAUUUCCGCUGCCCUAUGUCGUUGUUUCAAGGCCAUGUCGCUUCAGUGUCGAAAUUUAACCUACCAGGGCCUCAAGAAACUGGCCAAAACAAGUGCAUAUAUAUACGUAAUCAACGGAGACGCACCUAUAAUAAGGGUGAAACUAUACUUAACACCACUGUUGUAUGGGCCUGAUGAGUAGUGUAGGAGGGAUGUUUUACGCCUCUUUUUCGCGCAGGAAUCUCAUUAGCGUGCGCAGGAAUACAUUAACGCAGAUGACGUCAUGCAUCUCAUUAAGAUAGGAGGAUGAUGUCAUGGUUUAAAUUAAAGCUAAUGACGUCAUGCAUUCCGGUAAGAUAGGAUGAUGUCAUAGUUUAUUUUUAGCUGACCACCACCACCACGCCACAUUUCUAUUGUUUUCCCACCACCACCACCGCCACAUUUCUAUUGUUUUCCCACCACCACCACCACCACCACCACCGCCACAUUUCUAUUGUUUUCCUCCACCACCACCACCACCACCGCCACAUUUCUAUUGCUUUCCCUCCACCACCACCACCACCACCGCCACAUUUCUAUUGUUUUCGCUCCACCACCACCACCACCACUGCCACAUUUCUAUUGUUUUCCCUCCACCACCACCACCACCACCACUGCCACAUUUCUAUUGUUUUCCCUCCACCACCAGCACCACCACCACCGCCACAUUUCUAUUGUUUUCCCACCACCACCACCACCACCACCACCGCCACAUUUCUAUUGUUUUCCCUCCAUCUCCACCACCACCACUGCCACAUUUCUAUUGUUUUCCCUCCUCCUCCUCCUCAUUUUUAUUGUUUCUCCUCCUCCUCCUCCUCCUCAUUUUUAUUGUGUCUCCUCCUCCUCCUCCUCCAAUGUGGCGGUGGUGAUGGUGGUGGUGUGGAGGGAAAAUAAUAGAAAUGUGGCGGUGGUGGUCGUCGUGGUCAGUUAAAAAUAAACUAUGACAUCAUCCUAUCUUAAUGUAUUUAAUGUAUUCCUGCGCAAAAAAGAGGCGUAAAACAUCCCUCCUACACUACUCUGAUGGGUUUAAAGUCUGAAAAUAAAUAAAGAGAGUGUGAAAAUAAGACGACCCCAUUAAUGUUUUGUAUGCGCCUAAUAAGCCUGCAUUGCCAGAGAAACUGCGUAUGGCAUAGUCUGAAAUGUCACACGUCUCCAUCCCCUAACCCGCGGGGGGCGCGUCUCUUUUCCCCGCGCCCUUCACGGGUUAAAAGGUGGAGACGAAUGACAUUUCAGACUACGUAUGGACAUUUACGUUCAUCCAGGGAUUAAUAAAGUAGGUAUACAGAGAAAAAACAUUUCCGUUUUGUGGGUCGGAAGGGAAGGACAUAACGAGCAAACCAUCAAUUUUUCCAUGAAGUGGUGUGUCGUCUGGCUUAGCCACUUCCCUUAUUGUCGCACGCAGUCAGAGAAAAGGGUAAUCAUCAAAAUGAUCUUCUACGAAAGAUAUCCGACAGACUGUUGAAGGAUUCAUUGAGUAAAAAGUAUGUUGUUUUAAAUAAAUCAAUGCAUUCUAUUUACUAUUUUGCAGACAUCAACGAGUGUGAGACAGGAAAGCAUCACUGCGACUCCAGUGCUUUCUGUAACAACACUAAAGGCUCUUACAAUUGUACAUGCAUACCAGGAUAUAUCGGAAACGGCGUUAACUGUACAGGUAAAAUACGCAAUCGAAAAUCCCCCGCCGAUAGCACUAAAUAACCUGAUUUGAAAGCACUUCUAUUCAACAAAUUUUUUCGAGUUUAAUUAUGGUGUAUGUUACAUCUUUAGGGGUUCUUUAUAAUCGCUUCCAACAUGAUAGCAUGUGAUAGGCCGCUUGUUUAUCGUAGGCAUGCAAACAGAUGCAAAAAGGCUCACUGGUGCGAGUUUGGGGUUAUAUAUUAAAGCGGUGGUGCCGUCAGCGGGAGCUGGCGAAUCCCGCUAUAAGAAUAAGGCGAUUAAACGUUAAAAAAGUAUGUGCAUAUUCGGCAGCAAUCAUAAGCUGGUUUUGUCACGGCCUUUUCCCCUUUUUUUCUAUGACUAUAUUUUGCUACAUUUUGUCAUUUUUGUUAACAUUUUGCUUUGUUCCUAUUGGAUAGCGUCUUGACACCUCUGUCUGCAGGCUCGCUUUUCUCCGUCCCUUUCUUCUAACCAGCUAGACUGGUGGGUCCACCGCCAAAACAACCCCAAACUCGCACAAGUAACCAGCUCGCAGACUAGUUUAUCGUUUCUAUCUCGCGAUAGUCGUUACUUCGUUAAACUACUACCUAUCGACAACACAGCUGCAGAUUAGUACCACUGCGGGCCAUAUAUAUGGUUUGUGGAAACCAUGAAUGAGGCUCGUUUAAUUGCUAAUCACUAGCAACUAAGGGGGAACUGUAGCCCACCCUCACUAGUACUCGACACAAUCGCCCAAUGAAGACCAGAAGUACGCAGUUUGAAACGCCGUGAAUGAAUAAACGUUAAAAAAUAUGUGUAUAUUCGGUAACAAUCAUUAGCUGGAUUCGCGGUUUUUGUUACGGCUCUUUUCCUUUUUUUCCAUGACUAUAUUUUGUAAAAAUUUAGUAAAAAUUUCCUCGUGCAACUUUCUGUCAUUUUUGUUAACAUUUUGCUUUGUUCUUAUUGGAUAAGAUCUUGACAUCUCUUAAGGGGCGAAAUUAAAAAAAAAAAUAGUCGGUCUGCAGGCUCGCUUUUCUCCGCCCCAUUCUUCUUGCCAGCUAGCGCUGGUGGCUCCACCGCCAAAACAACCCCAAACUCUGACAAGUGAGCCAGCUCACAGAAUAUUUAACAAUUAUUCCUCGAGCCCGAUGGGCUCUGGGUCAAUAGCCCAUGAGGCCGAAAGCCGAAUGGGCUAUUGACUCAGAGGCCAUGAUGGCGAGAGGAUAAUUGUUUUAGUAAAACCCAACUAAUUGGUAGAAAAUAUCGAGAAAAAACAACUAGUUAAAGCUAGACUUUAACUGAAUCCUUUUUUCCUGCCAAAAAGCCAGUCCUCUUCGCUUCUAGUGGGCUAUAACAUAUAGCCUAGUAGUAGCUCAACCAAUCAGAACGCGGCAUUGAUUAUAGACCACCAGUUGGAUUUUACUAAUGAUAGAUUUAGCCAGGGCUAAAAGCGAAUCUCUCGACAAUAGUUUACUCAAACAAAAUAUAAAAUCGUGUAAUGCGGCGAAGGAGACAAGAAAGGUGAAAAACAACUGUUACAGUAGGUCUAAUUAGCAAGCAACUUUGCACGUGCAGCACACUUUUUCGUACAUUUCUUUGCCGUUGUUUUGCACGACUACAACGUGAAACUUUCAGAAACUUCCUGCUUCCAACUAGUUUCACGUUUUAUAGAAGAAAUGUCGCACGUGUGUACUGUCGCAAUUUGUAAUAAUCAUCACACUUUGUAAUACCUGUCGCAAUUUGUAAUAAAACCAUCGCACUUUGUAAUACCUGUCGCAAUUUGUAAUAAACCGUGUCGCAAUUUGUAAUAAAAAAGCUGUCGCAAUUUGUAAUAACAGUCCAUCGCACUUUGUAAUAAACUAAGCUGUCGCAAUUUGUAAUAAUUCCAUCGCACUUUGUAAUAAUUUUUUGAGAGUUAUUCAACUUACUUCGUGAACAUUAAUAUAAUGCCAAAAUAUGCAGGGUACUUCAUAAACAAAGAUGAUGGCGUCUGCUAGCAUGUAACAUGUUCGUAACAUAUUCUUUGGUCAAACACGCAUGUCUUCUGCUAUAAAUUUUUCUGCCUUGAUUAAUCACGUGACUAACUAGAAACGCUUUUAUGAGAGACAUGAAACUUCCUGUGACAUAUCACCAAAAAGAUAUGAAUCACGUUUAAAUUCAAAAAUAUUUAAAUAAGAAAGGCAACAGUAAACAACAGAAAAUUCAUGAAUAACCUGGCAUUCGUCGUCCAAAUCCAUGUUUGCUUGCCACGUGACACGUAAAGUCUUCGGCGGGGGGUGGGGAGGGGGAGAUAAUCCCAUAUAUGGAUGGGCUAGAUAGGUAAGUACCGCCUGAUAGGGUAUGGUUUUUGAGGAUCUCGAGCCUUUAAUAGGGUAUCAUUUUUUACGUUGUUGGCCUUGUGUCUUUGGUUUGAUCCUUAGAUAGGGUAACUCAAGUAGUAAUGGAUGGUUUAUUCCAUCCUUUCCAUUUUGUAGAAAAACAGUAAUCCAGAACACGCUCGGAAGAAUUGCAAGGUCUUACGAGUUGUAUAUACGCAGGGAAGGAUAAUUUUUUACCAUCCCCAUGGUAUUUGCUUUAGAGGACUCCUUACAGAAAACAAUUGUUUUAAGAUGGAAUGAUUACUCCUUUUGUUCCUGUAUGGGACCAAAUCAAGUGAGAAUAAUGGACCAAAUGCCCAGCCGGCUCAGUGUAAGACCCCAAGUGAGUGUUAUAAAAACAGGUACAUACGAAGGUAUCGGCCAGCGACUAAUUGGAUUUUGUGUUUAGGUGUCUGUUGUGGUUCGAAGGUUUGCCACUAGUGACGUUUUGUUUUAUUUGCAGUAAAUAUUUUGAAUCUUUCCAGGCCUCGUUUGAUUAAGUUGGCCAAAAUAUGGAAGCCACUAUUACUUCUUUAAGAUUGCUCGUUAGACAAGAACGGUGUACCACGUGAUGUGUCAACCUGUUAUAAGAUCUAACAAGGAAAGCUUGAACUCUCCUGGUGUCCUUAUUUGAAUGAUGUAGGAUGGAUAUUACGAUUAGCGGAAAUUAAAUGCUUUUUAAUAAUGGCUUGUUUGUGUCUAGUGUGUCUAGCUCUGUUUAGAUCCUCUACUCUGGCAAUGCUCUGUCCAGAGGCACAUCCCCGUAUUGGCCAUAUAAGGAAGUACACCCGCCAGGUAACCAUUGAAUGCAAGCCACCUAGUACAAUAGCAAGGUUCAAGAAUACAGCAUUUCGUAAGUCAGAUAACUAAUCAACAUUAAUCUAAAAAAUUGUUUAGGACUUCGAAUAAAGUUAAAUGUUUGCAUGAGCGGAGAUGUUACGUGCUAGCAGACGUCAUCUCCAUCUUUGUUUAUGAAGUACCAUGCAUAUUUUGGCGUUAUAUUAAUGUUGACGAAGUAAGUUUAAUUACUCUCAAAAAGUUAUUACAAAGUGCGAUGGAGUUAUUACAAAUUGCGACAGCUUAGUUUAUUACAAAGUGCGAUGGACAGUUGUUACAAAUUGCGACAGCUUUUUUAUUACAAAGUGCGACACGGUUUAUUACAAAUUGCGACAGGUAUUAUAAAGUGCGAUGGAUUUAUUACAAAUCGCGACAGGUAUUACAAAGUGCGAUGAUUAUUACAAAUUGCGACAGUACACACGUGUCCUUGCUCACUUUUUUUUCACUGGCGCACAGGGCGCUCAUUUUCACCUUACAUUUGGUGGCCGCUAGCAUUUCUUAUUUUCUCACCGCCGCUACAAAAUUUUCAUGUUGUUCUUUUAACAAAAUAAGUGUCUCUUUUGUCUUUUAUCUCCCUCCCCCACGUCUCUCUCUCUCUCUCUUUCUCCCUCUCCCUCUCCCCCUCUCUCUCUCUCUCUCGUUUGUCGAGUUUCACUGCGUUUUUUCUGUCCCAUCACAUGAAAUUUUCCCCGGCAUUUUUUCUGGGAAUAGACGAUUUUCUUUACCAUUUUUAGAUCUUGAUGAGUGCGUACAAGGAUCACAUGAUUGCCUGCAUCUCAUUGAUAAUUAGCCUCCCCGCAGACGUCCUUUGGGGGUUCGUUCGGACGUCUGCUAAACACAGCCGACAUGUACGUUCUUGUUUGUUUGAAUAAGCCAAUAAGCGGUUAGUUAUUGUCACUAUCAGCCAAUAACAAGCUGUGAUAUAAGUGAAACGGCACCUACGAAUUAUUUCUCUCUUUUUUAGAGGAAUAUUUAUUAUGAGACUCCGAAGAAAGUUAUAAGAAGCGAAUUGUUUUGUCUUCUUUGCAGCUGUAAUUUAGGAAAGGACCAAGUUCGUGUGUUUAGAAAAAGCGCAGUCGAAAUCGCAAGGCUCAUCAAACGUGCUCUGUUGAUGUGUCUUUGUGUUCUUCAAGUGAGUUAUUCAUUUGCACAGCUAUCUUCUACCUGAGACGACUCAAACGUUUCGAAAAAAUCACAGAAAUGAUGCAAUAAAGCUGUAGUCAGCUGUAUAGUUUUUUCUGAAGUUGUUGUAAGUAUAAAAUAAUCUGCUUUUCUUUGAAAGACUUCAGACAACAGUCUCCCAAACGAGCGCGGAGUGGUUUUCAGCGCGGUCGAAAACGAUUACUAUUAACUCUGUAUAUAUUCGAAGUAUUAAGAAAAGAGAACUUGUAAACGUGCAUAGGGAAGAUUUUCAAAGCAUUCUUCGAAAACAAAGGCCGUUUCCCUUUUACGAAAUGUAAUUCCACCAAGGUCAUGGGUCGCGGACCAAGGACCACUACGCGAAAUUUGGUUAUAUUUUUUCCAAGAGCCGGUUAAAACAAAAAAUUCGAAUUCUACAGCAAUGUGCUUCCAACGGCAGAAAAAGGUUUAUCUGAAAACUUCAUCUGCAAAAAGGCACGUCUUCCCGUUGCGUUUUAUUUAUUCACAAGCUAAGUAAACAUGACCACGGUGCCGCCGAAGUCCAAAACUUCAAGCUAGAACGACAAAUUAACCUACCCGUCAACAAACUUUAAUCUCGCUCCUUCAAAGAAAGAAAGAAUGCUUAUAAUCAAUAAAUCAUUGAACCUUUCAUUGUUCAACGUAUUUUAUUUCUCGACGAAAUAUUUAAUCAUGCUCGGAAAAGUCGCGGACCAAGGACCACAUACUAACUGUACAAGUCACUCGCCAACAUUUCCUCUACCGAUCGAUCUUCAACCAAGCUUCUGGGCUUCCAUAAACAACAGAGAAAGCCCCUCUCUCGACAACGCUCAUAUUCUCUUCGCUAAUAUCACUGAGCGCAACAGCAGGAAUACCAAUAUUUUCCAGCUUUGUAGCCUUGAUCUUUCAUAAGAUUUACCAGGGGAGCAGGGAUGGCGGAGUGGUGAGAGCACUCGCCUUCCACCAAUGUGGCCCGGGUUCGAUUCCCGGACUCGACGUCAUAUGUGGGUUGAGUUUGUUGUUGGUUCUCUUCUCUGCCCCGAGAGGUUUUUCUCCGGGUACUCCGGUUUUCCCCUCUCCGCAAAAACCAACAUUUCUAAAUUCCAAUUCGAUCCGGAAUGCUCGAGCGUUUAAUACAUGAGCCCCGGGCUCGGGAGAUUGGGCAACCACUCCUCACGCUAUCGAGCUUAAAUAAAAUUAAUUUAAUUUUAAUUUUAAUAAAACAACAACAACAACAUGUCCAGUAGUUCCACGCACUGUGUCGCAAAAAAGCGGCAAAGCUUGAUAGAUAAGAGAUUUGCCAAAUCUCGUCGGCAAAUUUAUGAACUCGUCCGUCUUCUCUAAAUUAAAUUUGCAGGAUAGCUUCUCUCUGAUAGUUGUUUAACUCUGUAUGUAUUACAAAUUUCUCGCACAUCUGAUCAAAAGCCUCACUGCUCGUGCAAAUCUGAACAAGCGGCUCGGGUUACGUUUUUACAAAAAUCCGUAAACGGUCUGUGAUUGGUGAAGGUAAAUGUCGGUUGUGUUUAGCAGACGUCCGUGGGGGAGAAAUGAAUGCGUGAAGAACGAACCCCAAAGGACGUCUGCGGGGAGGCUAAUUGAUAAUGAAAAUGAUAAUAAAUACUAUUAUCAUUCGAUGCAAAUCUUUCUUCCUUUUCAUUGGCCGAGAGCCCGCCACGUGACCUGCAAAUAACUGCCUACAAAUAACAAAUGUCGUUCAACUGUUUUUGGCUGCAAAUACUAUUCUGUUCAUGCGUAAAUGAAACCACCCUUCUCUGAACUUGGAAAUAAAGUAAUUCAUUUCUGUCGUGGUAAGAAGUAUUUUUUUUAAAUAUAUAAUCCCCCUUCAAAUAUUUUUUAAGAUCCCACUAAAAACUCCUCUCUCCCCACCCCCUGUGGUAUACGGAACGAAUAUGGACUGCCUUAGGUACAUGUUUAGAAAUGAAAAUGCGAGAAUAGGCAAAGACUGCGACGCUAGAGCGCUGCCAUGUCUAAAGCUGCCUUAUGAAUCAGAAACAGGAAAUUGUGUAAUAGAAAAAUAUUUGUCUUUCUCUUAAGAUUUCACUGCAACAUUCACUUGUGACGAUAAAAUGGAAAUGUUUGCUGACGGUCAGAGCCUCGGAACGGACAGUAAUUGGACAAACCCCACCACCUACCUUGUACCAGGAAACACUCGAGUUCUGUCAGUAGCCGGGGAAAGCAUUGGAGGACCUCUCGGAAUACUCGGCUCCACUAGCAACGGACAGGUAACUAAUGAAACUUGGAAAUGUAGCAGCGUUCUGUCAUCCGGAUGGAAUUCCCCGGAUUUUGAUGACCAGAGCUGGCCUUUGGCAAAAGUGCUUGCAAAGCAUGGCGAGGGUUCUUGGAAAACACUAAAGGGUAUCGCAAUGACAGCUAAGUGGAUAUGGGGAGACACUAACAGCAACACUGCUUAUUGCAGACUGUCAAUAAAGUAA